AUGUCGAUAUCUCCGAUCAUAACCUUCAAGGCAGGGCUUUGCGAGCUUGAUACCUCUGUCACACCCCCCACAGUAAAGCCAAGGCAAACACCAGGCUAUAUUUACUUGUACUCUGAAGAUGAUCUGGUUCACUUCUGCUGGCGGCCUCGAGCUGUCUCCCUCGACGAACCGGAACUGGAUCUUGUAAUGGUUCCAAUGGAUGCGACCUUUACACCUUAUAAACCUACCAGCGCUGAAAAUCCCCUUAAUCGAAAUCGCCCAACGAAUGGUAGGAUAUAUGUUCUCAAAUUCUCCUCAAGCUCCCAGAGGUUUCUCUUCUGGCUACAAUCGAAAACCCAACACGAACACGGAAAUCCAGCAUGGUUUAGUGCCCGAGACUUAAAACUGGGCCACAUUGUCAAUGGACUACUCCAAGGCGAAGAUAUUGACGUUCAGGCGGAGAUUGCAAGCCUACCAAGAACCGAAGACCAUGAUGACGACGAGACUAUGGAAGACGUCGAGGGCACUGACCACAGUCCAGAUCGUUAUCGACCAGGCGGUGGUGGUGCGGGACCAGGUGCUACAGGUGGGGAUGUCCGGGAGGAAGGUGAACAGGCAAGAGAGGGCGGUGCAGAUGGUGGACGAGCUGUUGCAGGUAGCUCAGAUCCAUCUGCGGUCGUCCAGAAUCUCCUGCGCUCGCUUCAGGGAAAUAAUGACGCCUCCCACCCCGAACCCACUGAAAAGGUGUUCACCACACUCAAUGAACUCCUCCCACCUUUGUCAACAUUGCCCCUGGUAGAAUCAGCAGAUAUGAACGAGAUUGAUAAUUUACUAACCUUUCUUCCAUCCACAUUAUUAAUGCUAGAGUUAGGACUUAAAAUACCUGCUGCCGAAGUUAGCCCACAAGAAGCCAAAGAUGCGCUGGCGUAUUUGGACCUUGAUCAGAAAAAGAGUAUUUUGCGGAGGGUCCUUCGGUCUCCCCAGUUCGCACAGAGCCUUGGAAGCCUAACCGUAGCGUUACGAGAUGGUGGACUUCCCAGCAUCAGUGAUGCUUUACAAAUUGAGGUGGAGAAUGGGGGAUUUAUGCGUCGUGGAGGCGUUCCAUUGGGAGGUGGAGAAGCUGUGCAGGCAUUCUUGAAUGGUGUAAAGCGCCAUGUUGAAAAAAAGACGGAUCGAGAAGACAGCAUGGAGACGGAUUAG